ACACAAGCCACAGCUGACAGCAUUGAGCUUACAGUGAACACCGUGCGUUUAACCUUUAGAGUUUAGUUAAACAUAACAAAUUUAAAAAAAAAUGAAUUCAGAAGAAAAAGUCGGUACCCUUGUCGAUGAAGCAUUAAAACGCAAAGAAAAACUAAAUGCUCUGAAGAAAAGAAAAGCUGAGGAUAUUACAGGAGACAAAGAUUCAGAAGCAAAACUACCGGCGCCUAAAUUUCGAAGUUAUAAACCGUUGGACGAGAGCUUGAAAGAAAAGUCUUUAGGUGAUGCUAAGCCCGGUGAUGCAGAAGCUGAAGUUAAAGAUCAGCUUGAUGCUGCCACACAAAGACCAGUUAUCGAAGAAUUGGAUAUCAAUAAUCUUGCACCGAGAAAGCUUGAUUGGGACUUGAAAAGAGAUGUUUCUAAAAAAUUAGAAAAAUUACAAAGAAGAACGCAAAAGGCAAUUGCUGAAUUGAUUUUAGAAAGAUUGAGAGCACAAAAAGAUAUUUCUGAUGCUACAACGGUUGGAGAUAAUUUACCUUUAUCUAAAUGAAAAUUUAUAAUUAUAAAAUCUUAAGAACUGUACAUAUUGACUUGAAUAUUUUUGUAAAUAAAAUAUAC